CAAGAGCCUUCCACCAACAAGUAAACAUGUUUGAUAAAAACAUUAUAAUUUUACUCUUCUUUGUUGGCGUUGCCCACAAUGUACGUAGUGAUCCUGGAAACCAAACCCCUGCUCAAAAUUCAGACAAACCAGAUGAUCGAUUUGCCUAUCAAUCUCAGCUGCAGCAACAACAAGAGAUUCAACAACAAUUACCCCAAUUUGCUCGUCAACCUCAACAGAAUCCGCAACAGGGUAUUCCCCAAUUUGCCACUCAAAUUCCCCAACAAUUUGGCCUGAGAGAGACUUCACAAGAAAAUGCUCAACAAUCUUUUACCCAAUUGUCUUUCAGAAACACUCCACAAUUUCGUGGAUUCCCACAACAACCUACUUUGCCACAGUUUCAAGUAACAAGACUUCAACCACAAACAGCCUCUGCAGCUCCCCAAUCAACCCCCUCACCUCAACCCACACCUUUAGCAACGAGAUCACAGCAGUUCAUCCCGCAACCCCAAUUCGAAAGCCGCUUGCCCCAAUUCAACACUCAACCUACUCAAUUUACUCCUUUAACUAACGAAGUUGUACCCAGAACGGCCCCACAAAUCGAAAACUUUGCUCCUGAUCCCCAAACUCCCGAAUUACCUCAGCAACCAGCUCAACCAGCCUUGCCCCGCAUUCCCCAACCUGCUCAAGCACCCCAAUUACCACAACUCCCACGAAUUCCUCAAGCAGCAACACCAUUGAUUCCCCAAACCUACUCAACAGCAUACUUCAAUUCCCCCGCAUAUUCAUUAUCCCAAACACUCCCCUUGUUUCCCGCUCAGGCCGCACUGAAUCCGUACACCCUUAGCCCGCAAGUUGCUCCAAUUCAACUACCCAAUGCCUACCCUUACACUUUGAAUUCGGCCGCUGCCUAUUCCGGUAACUAUCCGACCCUCCUCGCUGCAGCGAACUACCAACCAGGAUUCCCAAGUCAAUUAGCACCCCAGCAGUAUCCAGCAGAUGCUGCUCUUAAUCCAUCCAGACAAGAGCAAGCUCAGGAAGCAAACCAACCUAGUGGCCAAGGCGAACUGUUGGAAAACUAAUGAGAUUCAAAUCUGAUGCCUUAGUGACACAAUUUUUUUAUUUUCUAAAUUAUUCUUUUCAAAAUUAUUAUUUUUAUAUUUUUUUACUAAAGAAUUUGAAUAUACAUAUUUGAAAUAUAGUUUUU